AAGCAGCGAGGCGUCACAACAAAGCUGCCAACAGUGGGCCUCUUUUACAUACCCCAGAAGAAGCAUUAGAGAGGAAGUUAAGAGAUGUGGAGAUCAGAUGAAAUUGUGGAAGAGGAGAGGCCUAGAAUGCCAUCAGAGGUUUUUCUCCAGCAGCCCGAGGUUCAAGAUGCCCACUCUGAUGAAAUGGCACUUCAUAGCAUCUCGGAGCCAGAAGGGGGAGAGAUAGAAAAAGGGAUAGAAGGAGGAACAGAUGUGAAGAUGGACUGCAAAGACAAACAGAAUGCAAGCCAGCCUGUGUCCCAAAAUCUAGUUAAUCAAAAUCAAGCCUGUCAGACAAGUAAGAUUGAGCAUGCUGUAAUGAUAAAACAGGAUUAUGGGACUGAGUUACCUUUAAAUGACACUAAGGGUGACCUUGGCCCGGGUAGUAAACCCCAGGGUGAAUUACCCUGUCCUCACUGUGAGAGAAGGUUUGUGAGUAGUCAAGGCCUACAGCGUCACAUACAAACACAUGCUAUUUCAACUUGCCACACACAACGGUUUAAAUGCAGUCGCUGCAGAAGAACUUUCAGUACAUUGUUUAGUCGUCGGAGGCAUGAGAAAAGACAUGAAAAUAGAAAUAGAAAGACAGAUGAUCUCACAGGUGUCCCUUGCACUGCCAGUCAGAAUGUGCCUGGCAGUGCUGAACCUCUGAAAACGGCAUCACAGAACCCAGAGUCAAACAAGUGCAUUAAUGCAGCUGAUGGUGAACAAAAGGAUAAUAAAAACAGUGAUGUCAAAUCAUCAUAUGUCUGCAAGUACUGCAAAAAAGCAUUUAGUACUUACACUAGUCUAAGGAGACAUCAGCGCAGGAUCCAUGAGCACCAUCUUCUUCCUAGAGGAGUUUAUAAGAAGGUCAAAAUCAUUGAAGAACCUGAAGGACAGCAGCUUGUUGAGACGGUACAGGACAACCAUACUGCUAUCUCACAGUGUGCAGAGGACAUUGAUCAGGAAAGGGAGUACAUAGUUGACAUCUCCAGUAACAUUUCAGAGAAUCUUAGCUUCUACAUAGAUGGGAAAAUUGUCUCAACAAGUGCUGUAAGUAACUGUGAGGUGAUUGAGAUGAACUCUGGUGGUUCUGCUGUGAUUGGAUUAAAUGCUGUUAUAAUCAGUCCAGCUCAAAUUACACAAACUCUUAAAUUAGAAACCAAAUCCAGCAGUUUUACCUCUGACCUGUCUGAGCAGUCCUCAACCAGACGUAGGACGUCUACCCCACCUUUACUCCCACAAAUAAAAACAGAAUUAGAGUCUGAAUCCAUCUUGAGUACCUCCUCAUCUUCCUGGUCAUCCUUGACACUGUCCUCUACAUCUGGAACUCCGCUGGUCACUGCUCAUUUACCUCAGUGCAUUGAGACAUUUGCCUUUCACAAGGAAAAAACUAUCUAUCUGUCUCCCAAACUCAAGCAGAUCCUUCGGAAUCAGGAUGGCAGUAAACCAGCAUUUGCACUGAUUGCUGAUGACCACAAACUGGGUCCUCCCAUAUCCCUGACUGUUUUACCUGCAACAACAACUAGAUUUAAGAGAAGGACAACCUCCCCUCCCAGCUCACCACAGCAAACCCCUGAUGUGAAUAUAGAAAAGCAAGAUCAGGAUUCUACAAACGCCAAGAAGUCAAAGUUGGAGAGCCAUGGGUUGAGCCUCUUGGGCAAUGAAGAACCUGAGCCUUUGAAUUCACCCAUUAACAGCUCUGAUGGAGCUCCAAUGCAGCAACAGAUCUUGCCGUUGGACUGCUCUGUAUCAAGAACUGGUGGAAACUCCUGUAAUCAACAGCCACUGGACCUCUCAAAUUCUGUGGUUAAGCGAGAGAGCAGCGAUGCCUUAGCAGAGUCCAUUCUGGACUUAAGUAUUAGUGGAAAGAGUUUAGACUGUGACUCAGCUGGAGUCUACCUGACUCAGCCUGCUUUAAGGAAGAGUAAACCUAACUCUAGUAUGCUUCAGAAGGUACUUAUGAAUGAUUAUGGUGGGGUAGACAUUCCUUCUGCUGAAGCUCCAGCUACUGCAGGUGUCCUCAGUGUUCCUGACAUAACAAACCUUGCAGUUGUGGCAGUGUCUGAUGCAGGUCCACCAAAACCUGAAAAGUUUUUGUUUGAGUUGGCUCUUCCUCCUGCUUCAAUCAAUCCAACCCCUCCACUGCUCGCUCCUGUCAGUAUCCAUCCAGCUACCCCAGUCCCUUCACCUCAGUGUUCACCUUCUUCGUCUCCAACUUUUGUAUCCUUUCUAUCGACUCCCACAAUGGAACCCACUCAGGACAUUCAAACUCUUCAUUCAGCCUUCGUGGUAACUGACAAUGAACGACCCACAGGGUCUGUAGAAGACUGUGUUGAUAAUCCUGUACAUCUUUCACAGGGUGAUUUGAAAAUGACAAUCCCUGACUGGGGGUCCUCUCUUCCUGGAGGUCUGGAAACCCUUAUACCUGCAAUCCCUUCACUAAGUUUACAAAGCUCUCACUGGGUUGCUGAUCCUUCUGUAUGUGAACUAGCUCAAAGGACAUUGGUUGUAGACUCUGUGUUAGCUUCUGAUGCACAGAUAUCUUCUCCAUCUCUGCCUGUUAACCAGUCCAGCGUCAGGUCCUUGGCUUUUCCUCCAAACACUGUUGUUAUAGAGUAUACAGUUGCAGUGCAAUCUACAGAAAAUAUUCUUCCAGCUCUCCAACAUAAUUCUGCUCAAUGUCUCUCAGAUCAAAUUCCUGUCGAAGCAUUACAGCAAGAACCUUAUGUCCCAUCUGAGCCACAACCUCGCAGUCCUGACACCACCCUACUGCCUGAAACCUCCACACAGUUGGCAUCUACAGAGCAGUCAAAAAGUUAUACAGAUGGUACAUUGACUCUCACUGCUUCCACCAAUGUUGUUGAGGCAGAGAGCAAUGAGAAUGGACAGGAAAAUAUCCAGUCCUCUGAUUUUUCUAAGCAGGAAAACAAAGUUGAAGAAGAAUUAUCUCCCUUGCAUCCUUUUUGCAAGAACUUCAUGUGCAAUGUUUGUGAACAGCCCUUCCAGUCCAUGAAGAUUCUUAGUCAACAUGUAGUUGAGCACUCAAAAGAGUGGCCCUAUAAAUGUGAAUUUUGUGUGCAGUUGUUCGAGAGUGACACAGGUUUGCUGGAGCACCGAUCCAGUUAUCAUGGCAUUGGUAAAAUUUAUGUUUGUAAAACAUGUUCUAAGGAAUUUGCCUUUCUCUGCAACUUGGAACAGCAUCAGCGAGAUCUCCAUCCUGGUCAAGAGUGCUCACACACCGAAGCAGUACAUGGCAAGUUAAGACCUGAAAAUCAUAACAGUCCCAAAACUGACAUUACUGAUCCAGGCCUUCCAAUCACAGAAAUUAAGCAAGAAUCUGACAACACAACCUCAAAAGAAGAGAAGGAUGCCUUGGACAACACUUCUGAGGAGCUGUUCACAACAAUAAAAAUCAUGGCAUCAGGAGGGGUCAAAUCAAAAGGCCAAGAUGUACGUCUAGGCAUUAACCAACAUUAUCCAAGUUUUAAACCGCCUCCUUUUCCAUACCACAAUCGGACACCAACUGGGACGACAGCAGCAUCGGCCACCAACUUUACCACCCACAACAUCCCUCAGACCUUCAGCACAGCCAUUCGUUGUACCAAGUGUGGUAAGAGCUUUGACAACAUGCCUGAACUGCACAAGCACAUCUUAGCAUGUGCUAAUGCUAGCGACAAGAAGCGAUACACUCCUAAAAAGAACCCUAUACCACUUAAGCAGUUUGCAAAAGCGCAAAAUAGGGUGUUAUCACCUGCAAGGAUUGUUAAUAGCAAGCAGAAUCUCUCUCAGAAGGUCGGACAACCAAGAAAAAUGAACUUUCACGAAUCACCAGUUAAGAUAAAAAUGAGUAUCCUGAAUAAGAAGAAAUCUCAGCUGGUGCAAAGGGGUAGACCUGCUGGGGGAAGAAAGGCCUUUGCUCAUGAUGACCUGGGCAUUUUUGCAUGUCCUCACUGUAGGAGAGAGUUUACUUACAAUGCCAGUUUAAAGAAACACGUAGCUUUUAGCUGCCCCAUGAGACCAGCCAGUAGAAACUCCAAAAAAAGAACACUCAGCAUUGUUUCAGCCCAGGAGAACAACGGGAGCCUUCGCAGACAACUUGCAAAUUUGAGCGCAAAGCCACAAGGGUCAGACCACGGGCCAAAAACAAUAACAAAGAAUCAGAUCAUUAAGCAAAAUGCAGCAGCUGAUACCACUCAGGAUUUUAGGUUUAAAAGAUCUACCAUUCUGUCAACAUCUGUGGUUCAGUCUAGUAAAAAAGGCAAGCCUAUUUUAAAGAGUGGCUUUAUGCCACAGCUGGCUUCAAAGCAGAUAGUUCUCUCAUCUGUCGCUCAGGUAAACUCUCAGGAGCCAGGCGUUCGGGUACAUGCUUUAGGUAGAAAAUUGGAGCAGAGAGUGGGCGAUAUAAAGAUACAGCCCAGAAGAGAGGACCGUUUGUCUCUGAGGUUGAGAGAGAGAGUAGGAGGACCCAUUACUCGCAGUGUGCAGCAGGCCAGCACCACAGUAACAGUACUUAAACAGCCAGACAGUCACAACAUCAUCAUGCGCCCUGUCGUUCUUCAAGUCAAGAAAUGAGACGUGAAAUAAACAAAAAAUUAUUAUUGAUGUUGACUGUCUGUUUUCUUAAAAUGCCUCCUCAAUGCAACAUUUAUCUGUAAAUAUGAUCCAUCUAAAUAUUGGACACUGUUUAAACAAACUUAAAAUGAUGGCUGAAAUAAGAAUGCUCUUAAAUACUUUUUUUAAAUUUUAUUUACUAUCUCAAACAAAGCAGGCUAUAAUAUACAUUCUAAGCAUUAUGAAAUCCCAUUACACAUCAAGAUAUCAACUUCUCAUUUGUAAAUACAUUCGCUGUCUGGAACCAUUUUAAUGUGCUAAUACAGGGGGCGAUAUUCCUGGAUAUCUGUAUUUAGCUCCUAUACUCUGCUCUAACACACCUGCCUGUGGUUUUCAAAUAACCUUGAAAUGCUGGUUUAGGUGUGUUAAAUUAAAGCCUGAACUCGUGCACUUUCUGCUGUAGUUCAUAUUUACCUGGUUUAAAUGCAUUGCAAUACAAUGAAUCCAUUACUAGUAAUUAUUUAUUAAUGUAAGUAUUCUGUGUUUAAAAGAAGAUGUGUUCAGUGAGGUUCACUGGAGCACAGGAAUUAUUGUAAUGGUAUCUCGCUUCUAUUUUUGUAGAUUGUGUUAGUUGUGUUUUACUUGUUGUACAGAUGCAGUCUGAACUCUUCAUGCAUGCCAGAUAUUUCAUGUUUGAGUGGUAGUGUGAGUGUUUAUAUAUCAGACUCUGCACUAUAACAAAAAUGCAGCAGGAGAGGAAAAAGAAGGGUCAGAAUAUACUGCAUACCUGACAACAUCUGCACCUCAAGGAGCAGGAGAAAUUUAUAUUCUGUUCACAAAGAAUAUUUAUGACUAAAUGUCAAAAGUCUCUGUAUUUCUCUCAUCGCUGCUUUUUUUGUGCCAUCUAUUUGUGAUCAAAAGAGUCGUCAUAUUUAAUGGGUCUCAUUUUUUGAUGUAUAUGUCGGGGAAGCACUGGGGAAGAUAUUUAUUUGCGAAAUAAGAAAGCAUUUGUCUGGAAAUGUAGCUCUAAAGAUGAUUGUUCAAUAAUUUGCACAAAUUUGUGUCUUGCUGAGUGAACAUUCUGAUGGUAAACAUGGUAUUAGACUAAGCAAAAGGCCUAAAAGGGUCAAUCAUUUAUAAAUCAUUAUGAAGAAUAGAUGCAUUGUUUAGGAAAAAUGUUACAGAAUAAUAUUUUAUUUUAUUAGA